UGAUUGUAUUAAACUGUGAGCGGUUUCUCUGAGCUCGACUGAUCGGGUCUGACGCAGCAGAGGUCACACAAACACUGACGUGUUCUCAGAACAGCAGCGAGUCGCGCGGAUCGGCAGCGGAGAGUGACACAGCGGCAGAACCGGACAGAAUGCCAGAAGGAGACAGUAGUGGUGAGUCCAUCCAUGGGAAACCAUCAGCGAUCGGAAACUUCUUUAAACGGCUUGGACAGGUUUAUCAGUCAUGGUUGGACAAGUCAACACCAUUCUCAGCAGUCCGAUGGGCGUCCACUCUUCUUCUAACGGCCAUAUAUAUGAUCAGAGUAUAUAUUUUACAGGGGUGGUACAUUGUCACAUAUGCUCUUGGGAUCUACCACCUUAACCUCUUCAUUGCUUUCCUCUCACCAAAAGUGGAUCCCUCAUUGCUGGAUGAUCCAGAUGAAGGUCCAGCACUUCCUACAAAACAGAAUGAAGAGUUUCGGCCGUUCAUCAGGAGGUUGCCAGAAUUCAAGUUUUGGCAUUCAGCAACAAAAGGCAUCGUCAUCGCUAUGUUUUGCACAUUCUUCGACGCCUUUGAUGUGCCAGUGUUCUGGCCCAUUCUCGUAAUGUAUUUCAUCAUGCUGUUCUGCAUCACGAUGAAACGCCAGAUUAAGCACAUGAUCAAGUAUAGAUACCUGCCCUUCACACAUGGGAAGAGGACUUACCGAGGCAAGGAAGACACAGGGAAAACCUUUGCUAGUUAAAAUUCCCCCUCCUGAAAUUAAAGUUAUUGAUGAAGAAUGAGGAAACAUAAAGUUGAGUGCUUUAACUAUUACAAAUGGAUGGAGAGGGUUGAAGGUUUUUUUGUGCUGGGCUCUAACAACUAGUGUAGGUUUUUAAAUGGAAACAAUUUCAUUAACUUCCAUUAGCACUGGACAUAUGGAUAAAGCAGUUUUAAAAAAAAGUGCAUUUUUUGGAGGGGGGAGAACUAUAUAUAUAUAUAUAUGUAUAAUUUUUUAUGGUUAGUGUGUUUUUUUUUUUAAGAUUUUUCUUUUCAGACAAUGCAUUUACUUUUAAAUUAAUCUGCAUCUUAUUAAAUGGAAACAGAAUCAUUAAAUAAGUUGUUAAUUGCUGAAUAAAGACAUUUGCAUGUUUUAGGUUUUCUUGUGCUGCUGUUGAAAAGAAAACACCAUAAGUUUAAUAACUGUGUACAUUUUUCACUCCAAGUGUGAUUAAAAGACCUUGUCCCUUCA